AUGGAUGCAGUUGUCGAUGGGAUCGAUAUCAAUGAUGACGAUGACGACGAUGCUGGCAUAUUCAGCAUCGCCAAUGACCGCCAAAGUGAGGACGAUGACACCCUCACUGGUGAAGACAACGUUCUUUCAGCAGUGCACACGAAGCGCACUGCUGUUGACAAAGAUGAAUCAGCAGAGGAAUUUCUGCUGACUCGCGAAGCGGUUGUCCGCUUCAUUCAAGACUCUAUUGCAGAUGCAUUAGACAGACAGAAGAGAAAUGCAGACAAACAUGGAAGAGCAAAUUUUCGUUCAUUUAAUGAAGGAGACUUAUUUUUACUGUCUACAGUAAAAUUACCGAAACACGCAGUGACAAACGUGGGCAGCAGUAAAUUACUGCCCAGGUACAUCGGUCCAUUUCGUGUGUUACGCCGAAUGGGCAACGUAUACACGAUCGAACUGCCUUAUAGGAUGCGUACGCAUCCUACGUUCUACGCUGGACGUCUCCGCCCGUACUAUCAGUACGAGCCUGUUUCGAGAUGCGAAGAAUGCCUCCGCGGUCGGGAGCCGAGACCACCUUCGAGUGGCCCCGUUUCGACGAGCCAGUCUGGUCGACUAGAGAAGCGACAUGUUCACGCAGUUCAGCGAUGUCUCGACGAGCUACAGCCAGCUCGUCACGAAGAGAACGAGUCAAACGUUCGUUCUCAAGUUGUGCGAACGCAAAAGAGGCACGAUCGUCCGAACGAUCGUGCGUUAGGGAAUUGUAAUUAUCCCUUACAAGAUACUCAAGCACAUAACGCCGAGUCCGUUCAUGAGCCAGGUCAUCUUGCAACUGUUCCGUUACACGGUUCAGCUCUUGAACAUCAAGCUGAUCCUACCCUCGAGCCGGAUCAGGUGUUCCCACCUCCACCACAUCCUUUGGGGGACUCAAGCGGAGGUCAACAACGCCUAGUGGAGCGUAUUUUGAACCACCGCGAUGUGAAUGGCGUCCGAAAGAGUUCUAUCGUCCGCUGGCGUGGCUAUCCACUGGCGAGAAACGGCUGGGGACCUCGUGCCCAGCUGAUUGUUGAUGUCCUUGGUCUCGUCGAGCAGUACGACGAGACUAAACCGCUGCGUUCGAAGAAGGGCCGUCGCAAAAUGACCUCCCCGAACGCGAGUACAGGAAUCGAAAGGUGUCAAUUCCUUCGGCCAUCUCAGAAGAGAUGCGCGCCCUCCAGUAGGGAUCAUUAG